AUGGCCGACGAGAAGACGAGGGCCUCCGGCGAGAGCCCGCGCGAGGCCGCCACCCUGCCCACCGUCAACCCCGAUGCCGUGCAGUCUGAGCCUCCCAAGGCCGCCUUCCCUCCGGCCGUCUACAUUGCCACUUGGAUUGCCCUGUCCUCCAGUGUCAUCGUUUUCAACAAGUGGAUUCUCGACACCGCCGGCUUCAGGUUCCCCAUCUUCCUGACGACAUGGCAUCUUACCUUCGCGACCAUCAUGACCCAGGUCCUGGCUCGUUUCACCAACGUCCUGGACUCGAGGAAGAAGGUCCCCAUGAACGGUCGCGUCUACCUGCGCGCAAUUGUCCCCAUCGGUAUCUUCUUCUCGCUGUCCUUGAUCUGCGGUAACCAGGCCUACCUGUACCUGUCCGUUGCCUUCAUCCAGAUGCUCAAGGCCACCACUCCCGUCGCUGUCCUGCUUGCUACCUGGUCGCUCGGUGUCGCUCCCCCGAACAUGCGCACUCUUGGCAACGUCUCCCUCAUCGUCAUCGGUGUUGUCAUCGCUUCUUUCGGUGAGAUCAAGUUCAACAUGACGGGUUUCCUGUACCAGGCCGGUGGUAUCUGCUUCGAGGCCGUCCGUCUCGUCAUGGUCCAGCGCCUGCUCAGCUCCGCCGAGUUCAAGAUGGACCCGCUCGUUUCCCUGUACUACUACGCCCCUGCUUGCGCCAUCAUGAACGGUGUUGUCUGCCUGUUCUCUGAGCUUCCCCGCAUGGGUAUGGAGGACAUCUACAAGGUUGGCGGUUUCACCCUGCUCUGCAACGCUACCGUUGCCUUCCUCCUCAACGUCUCCGUCGUCUUCUUGAUUGGCAAGACUUCGUCGCUCGUCCUUACUCUGUCCGGUGUUCUCAAGGAUAUUCUCCUUGUCUUCGCCUCCAUGCUCAUCUUCCAGGACCCCGUUUCCGGUCUCCAGGCCUUCGGUUACAGCAUUGCUCUUGGUGGUCUCGUCUACUACAAGCUCGGUGCCGACAAGAUCAAGGAGUACAUGGGCCAGGGCGGUCGUGCUUGGGCUGAGUACGGUUCCCGUCACCCCGCGAUGCGCAAGAUUGUCGUCUUUGCGCUCAUCGUCUUCGUCGUCUUCGUCAUGCUUGGUGGCCUUGCUCCCCGCUUUGCUCCUGAGUAUGACCAGUACGCCAAGAACAAGCUUGGCUCGCUCCUUGGCGAGAGCACCGGCACCCUCCCCGCCAACCCCAACGGUGCUUAA